AUCGUCAAUUUUUUUUUUUUUUUUUAAAUAAUGAUUCGUCAUAAAAUAAGAAACAAAUGAUAUGCAAGUUAGGGGAGACAUCUGUAAACUGUCUUCCGAACUUGAAGGCUCAAACACAAUGCCAUGCAGGCAACAGGCAACAGGGGCAGGGAAUAGGAUUUCUGACGCAUUGAAUUGGUUGGAAGAAAACUUGGGACGAAUCCAACGCGUGGAAAAUUCUAUUCCCUAUUCCUAUAUUUCCUAUUGCCUGGCAUUGUGUGAUAGGCUUUAGUCUGUUGUCAUACGUGAAGCGUGGUGAAGCGUUCGCUCUGCGUCCCAUCGUGGUCACGUUUUAUGCCACGCUAAUCGGGAUAAUCCGCCGAUUAAUGCAGUUACCCGCGGCGUCGAUGCGUCCUUUGCUACGUGCCUUUUCCAUAGCAACCAAACCGUGUGUCGACAUGAAUCCCGCCCUGAGACCCGAAGUCGUUCUUUCGGAGAGCAAUCGCAAGGCUUGCAUCGAGAAAUUCAAGAGCAUCCGAGUGCCAAAAUUGCGCGACAGCAGAGAAGCAGCCGUUUUAGUCCCGUUAUGUUUAUAUAAAGGAGAGCUCGGUUUGCUAUAUACGCUGCGAUCCAUGAAGCUCACAUCUAACCGAGGACAAGUGUCCUUUCCUGGUGGUAUGCGCGACGAGACUGACGUCGAUCUGCAGGAAACCGCGUUGCGAGAAACCUGGGAGGAGCUCAAGAUCCCCAGGGAGAAGAUCGACGUAUGGACCAUGGGAAACCUCAUCGGCAAGGGCGAUGUCAACGUCAUGCCUGUUCUAGCUUAUAUCGGCGAGGUGGUGCCGGAGAAGCUGGAGAUCAACCAUGAUGAAGUGGAAGAUACGUUUGUUGUUAGUUUGCAGAAAUUGUGCGAUCCUGAGCUAAUUAGUUUCACAAGUUUCCGCCGUCCAGUUGUUACUCUGCCGUGUUACCUCGGUGGAAAGUACCGUGUCUGGGGAUUUACCGGCGCUAUCACUCAUAUGGUACUCGAAUCCUUGGUGCCACAGGUCUACGAAUACAAGUACUUUUCAGUAAAACCGAUGCAGAACGAUAAUUUUAAUGAUAAAUGCGAACAUAAGUCCCAGUCUACAAUAGAGGAUUUAAGCCCUAAGCUUUAA